AUGAGCCACCAUCUCCGCUGGCCCGAAGAAAAUGCUGCGCUCAUGGUCCUUGAUUCGCCAUCGGGCCACCCAAAGGCACUGGUACGGAAGAGGGCCGAAACAGACUUGAUGCCGCCACCUCCUCAGGUGAGGAGAAUCAAGCGACCUAAGCAAGUGCUGGACGAAGACGAAUACACUGAAACUCUCUCUCGGAUUAUCGCGAGAGACUACUUCCCCGGCAUCGAGGAGUCGAUGAUACAGAACGAGUACUUGGAUGCGCUUCAGUCACGAGAUUCCCGAUGGAUAUCAAGCGCCGCUCAAAGACUGCACCAGACCAUGACGCCAGCGCGGACAAGGAAGGGCGCGAGGACGACGACGACGACGACGCCGUCGGCUUCCAGCAUGUUCCAAGACGGUGGUCGGACGCCAAACACCUACAUCGGAGAUACACCUGCCUCGAUCGCUUCGACAGCCUUCGAGCCGAACCCGCCGCUCGACACCAACAUGAGUCUAUCCGGCUUCCAGUCGACCUAUACGAGCGAAGACAACGAAAGUUUCUACAAACUCAUAGACAACCAAAAUCAAAAAAAGGCGGAGAAGAAUGCUUGGUUGUGGAACCGCAACAAGCUCCCGUCGAAGCAAAUGAUCAAGCAGAAGGAGGUCACGGACAGGCUUGAGGCGACAGGUAAUCUCGUCGACGACGGCUUCUUAAAACGGGACCGGCUUGCCAUCAAGGAUGCCGAUGAUCGUCCCGCUCGGCCCGAUUCUUGGAACGCAAAUCCAAGAAACGGAUUGAUGUUCAAACCUGAAGGGUUGGAUGAUGACCACAUCCCUGUCGCCCAGUCUCUCCAAGAGGCAUCGCGGGCGCCACCCAAGAUCAUAUUGCGGCAGAACACCAGAAUGCCACAGCCACACCUCCCGCAACGGCCACCCUCGCCCACCAUGUCCUCGGUCCGUGACGCCAUCGCCGGAAAGUCGCGGCAAAAAUAUCAGGAUUCCAGUGCAGCGGGCGCAGGCGAGACGCCGAGAGUAAACGGUUACGCCUUUGUUGACGAGGACGACGAAUCCGUCACCGAUCAGUCCGCAGCCAUCAAUCUCGGUCCUGGUGACGAGUACAGCCCCUUCAAACUGCAGGAGCAGAGGAAGCGAGAGUCGCUUCAUGAGCGGCUAGUCGAUCGGAUAGCGAAAUCCAACAAGGAGGCAUCCCGCAAUGGCUUGACCGGAAAGGUGGAAAAAACGCCGGUCCCGAGGUUCCCAAGCAGCCCACGAGUCUCGGGAGGAAACUUCACCCCGGCAGCUCAAAGGCUCUUGAGCAAGAUGGGAACACCAAAACGCAAGACCCCCAGCAGCUCCUUGAGUCGCCAGUCAGCAUUGAUGAAGCCAAAGGGCUCACUUUUGAGGUCCGUCACACGGCCGAGUUCGAAACAGGAGUAA